GUGCUUUAAUAUCGCACUACUACCAGCAGACAAGGGACGGCACAAAAGUCAGUGAGAAACCCACCACCACAUUCAAUCUUCUUUUUACAACAAAUUCACCACUCUUUCUACCCUUCUCUGCAGAUUUAAACUAGAGAAUUUCUCAUCAAUCAAUCGAUAAACCCCACCAGAAAAAUAUCUGAUUCAGAUCAAUCAUGGGUUCUCUCAAUUCACAGCCACCAUCCGAGGUUUGAUUUGAUAUCUCUGAGCAUUUUUAUCUCUCAUUGAAUUCAAAAUCCUUUCUGGGUUUGCCUCUGAUUUGUGUUUUCAAUCGAUAGCCACUGUUUAGGAUCUGCUGAUUUACAUGCUAUAAAAUCGUGAUAUAGUUUACUGGGUACUGGCUAUUUCUAGGGUUUUCACAUUCGAGUUGCUGCAAAAUUGAUCUUGCUGCUUUAUUCUGAUGCAUCAAAUUCUAUCUGAUCAAUUAUCAAAGGCUAUAUAUAUAUAAAACCAGAGAGAGAGAUUGCAGAAUCAAUAGAAUUUAGCUGUCUUUCUUGUAAGGAAGAAAGAUGCAAUCUAGAAGGCAAGGUGAUGAUUACGUGACAGUAUCUCCAUCCUCAAAGCCACGUAAUCAACAUAGAUAUGAAGUAGGACACGACUCGUAUUCAGUGUCCCGUCGAGAUGCCCUGGAUCGGUCUCCUCGCGUGCAGAGGAGUUUGAGUCCGCACAGUAAGAUUGAUGGGUCUAGAAGGAUAUUACUAAGGGAAGGAAGAAGUGGUUCAAAUGAAAGGAGGGAAUAUGGUUGGCAUUUGGGUGCUGGAAGGUCUGACGAGGUCUGCCCUGGUUCACCUCCUUUUCUACAAGAGCACAGAAAGCCUCAGUUUGAUGAGGGUGUUGUGCAUAGGAAAUAUGAGUAUGCUGAUGAUAUCAAUUAUGAAGAUGGUAAAAGUAAUAGACUAAAGCAUGUUUAUGGGUAUGAUCAUCAUGCUGCAUCUUCUAGAAUUAGUAAAGAGAAGGAUUAUAGCGAAAACAGGUUUCCUGGUAAUGAUAGGCAUGUGACAAUAGGGCAGAAAUCGAUGCCCAUGGAAGAUGGAAUUAUAAGAGGGUUGCGUCGAGCACCUCCAGAUUUCAUUCCUCCUUCAAGUUAUGGGAAAACUAGUGAGCAUCUACAGUUGCCAUCCCGCCACAUGGAUGUCAGCCAGUUUGAGAAUGAGAAACUUAGGUAUAGGGAGCCUAUAUCUCCAGAUAAGAUACCAGUAAUGGAAUUAUACAAAGGGGAAAACCCUGUGUUUUGCUCAAGGGAGGAUUCAUACACCAUGAAUCCAUCUCCUCGCUUUAAGGGUUUUGGUAGCUCUCAAUCCAAAGAUUUUGCUGGCACAUCUUCAGGUGUUUCAAGGAGUGAGUUUCUGAGUUCUUUCAGGGAUUGUGUGCCCCUGUCUGCUUCUGAUGAAUACCCAAGGAACAGCAUGAAACUCACAGAACCCUUGGAUUUAAGCACAUAUGGUCAAAGGUCAGCCGUAGAUUUAAGAAAUGUGGAAACUGGUAAGAGAAUUAUGACAAGUUUUCCGCAUGGUGCGUAUAGCCCAAACAGAAAAGAACAUGAUGAUUACCUUUACCCUAAAUCACAGGGAUUAGUGAAUGAAGAUGUGGUCUAUCCAUCUGAUGAAUUGCAUAGAAUGAUGCCACCACGUGCUCAGUUGGAUCAUGACGUAGCUCGAGCAGAUUUUGAGUAUGGAGAAUUGUCAAGAAUGAGUGUUAUGCACCCCAUUGAAGAAAACAUUGAUCCAACGCAGGAUUUUUACAGAAACAGAAGAAAUAACACCACAUGGGAUCAUACUAUAGGCAAGCAGGCCGCCAUGGAGGACCUUAACUCAAGUAGAAUAUUAUAUGCACCAAAGCAUAGUGGGGAAUAUUUGGGUUCUGAAUAUUCUCAAGUUGAAUUUGGAAGGAGAGUCUCACGAGAUAAUGAGACAUCUCAUUUGGGCGUCACACAGGAUCAACAAACCUCACAUUUGAGAUCAAAUUAUGGGUUUGGAAGAGAUGCAGGUCCGCAGUUUGAAAAAGAUAGAUUACGUGAUCCAGUUAUGCCUAUGUAUGACUUGGAGAUGCAGAAAUUUUCUAUCAAAAGGCAGAGAAUGGAAGAUUUUCCCAUAUACAAGCCAUCUGAUAAACUGCUCAAAAGAAAUUACAGUGUGGAUGAUGAUUUAAAUUGUUGUGAUCCAAGAGGUAUUGUGUCAAGGAAACGGUAUGCACAGCUAGAGUGUAAGGAUGUUUAUGACAGUGGUGAGGAAUGGAUCGAGGAAAAUCCAAGUGCUUUACAUCCAUACAGAACUCAGAGGUUUGACCACAAUGCGUACAGAAAAGUUAAGAGAGAGUAUGAUGGGCAAGACCGUUAUGGAGAUUUUGCAUCUGAAGACUGGCUGUCUUCUCAAGAUUCUUUGGUACAUUCACAAAAGCAUUCUAAUAAACAUUAUAAACCUAGUGUUAAAUAUAUGAAGGGUCAUCCAAGAUCUGGUUCUUCAAGCUGGUAUAACUCACACCAGCCUGAUAAAAGAAGUGGAAUUCACAUAAAGCACAAAACUUGGAAAAGAAAUGAAGAUUAUGACGAUAAUGAGCAGGUGAAUGAUGAUGAUCCAUCAGAAGGUUGGGUGAAUAUGGCAGACACUGAGCAAUGUGAGGAUUCUGAGGAAUUUAAGCAACUGGUUCAUGAAGCCUUUUUAGAUUAUUCUAAGAAAUUGAAUUUGAGCUCGGCGGUUCGAAGAAGAUACAAGGAGCAAGGAAAAGCUGGUAGUUUGUUCUGCAUCGUAUGUGGCAGAAGCUCAUCAAAGGAUUUCAUGGACACUCAACGCUUGGUAACUCAUGCUUUCAUGUCUCACAAGGUUGGAUUGAGAGCACAACACCUGGGUCUUCAUAAAGCAAUAUGCAUUUUGAUGGGGUGGAACACUUAUGUGCCUUGCGACAUGAGAACUUGGGUUCCAGAUGUCUUGCCUGAGGCAGAAGCUUGGGCUCAGAAGGAGGAUUUGAUGAUAUGGCCUCCACUUGUUAUCAUCCACAACAUUUCUAUGUCAAAUGUGAAUCCAGAACAACAGAAGGUCAUACCUAUUGACGGGGUUGAAGCUUUUCUUAGAGGUAAAGGUUUUGUUGGGGGAAAAAUCAAGGUAUGCCUAGGUAAGCCUGCUGACCAAAGUGUUAUAUUGAUAAAGUUUUUGGGCACAUUCACUGGACUUGGAAAUGCAGAGAGACUUCAUAAAUAUUUUGCUGAGAAUAAACAUGGGAGAGAAGAAUUUGAGCAAAAAACAUCCAAAGCCAUUAAAAGCAGCAAUGGCUUUGAAGCAGAUUUGCAGGGAGACAAGUUGGAGGAGCGUCUUCUAUAUGGGUACAUGGGAAUUGCAGAUGACUUGGACAAACUCGACUUCAACACCAAGAAGUGGAUUUUGGUGAAGAGCAAGAAGGAUAUCCAAGAUCUGGAGAAUGCUCCUGUUAAAACUGAUGAUAGGUAGCAAUCUCAAUGGUGCAUUUAUAGGAGGAGGGCUCUGCGCCCUGCUCCACCUAGUCACUGAAAUUUCCAAGGAUCCCCAAUUCAACUUUCUUCAGGUUGGAUUCCUUGCUCUUCCUGCCAUUGGUAAGUACUAACAUGUUAUCAUGGAAGUAAUACAUGUUAUGGAUAAAAGAAGACUAGGGGGAAAAACAAUUGGUGGUUAAGCUGAAAAUUGUGUAAAAGUUUGCUUUAUCGUUUUUUCCACUUGGCAUUUGAUAGCCGGAUACUUCUUCAAGUUAUGUACGCAUAUCUAAUUUCUAAAGAUCUCUUUUAUGGGUA